AUGAAUGGUGUAAAUCUCACUUCAAUGAUGGAAUUUGUUCUUUUGGGAUUUUCUGUUAUUCUCAAUCUCCACAUUGUUCUUUUUGUGAUAUUUUUCUUUGUCUAUGUGACAAUUCUGAUGGGAAACGGCAUCAUUAUUCUCAUAAGCAGUGUUGACCACACUCUACAGAGCCCCACGUAUUUUUUCCUCAGUAAUUUUUCCUUCUUGGAAAUUUGUUGUGUAUCUGUCACUCUUCCUAGAAUGCUCAUACCCCUUUGGACACAGAAAAGAAACAUUUCUUUGUUUGUCUGUACAACACAAAUGAGUUUUGCCCUUAGGCUUGGAAACAUAGAGUGCCUCCUUCUUACAGUGAUGGUCUAUUACUGUUAUAUAGCCAUUUGCAACCCUCUGCGCCAUCCUCUAGUCGUGAACCACAGGGUCUGUGUCCAGCUGGUGUCUGCCACCUGGAUCACUAGAAUUCCAGUUGGGAUAGGGAGACAUGCCAGAUUUUCUUUCUGUGUUUUUGUAGAUGUAACAAAUCACAUCUUCUGUGACAUCCCACCAAUAGUCAAGCUGGCCUGGCGGGACAGUUUUCUCAAUGAGAUAUUGCGCUUUACAGUUGCUGUGCUGUUUGUUAUGAUCCCUUUUCUGUUGAUACUUGGUUCCUACAGUAAAAUCAUCUCCACAUUCCUGAUGUUGCCACUGACAACAGGACUGGCCAAAGUCUUCUCCACCUGUUCAUCUCACAUCAUAGUUGUGGCUUUAUUCUUUGGAACUGGAAUCAUUACAUAUUUAUGGCAUAUGCAGUCUUCAAGAACAGAUAAGUUUCUCUCUCUUUUCUUCCCUUCAGUGUUUAAUCCCAAGGCAUAUACUCUAAGAAAUAAGAAUGUCAUGAUGGCCUUGAGAAAUUUCUGCCUUAAUGUUUAA